GGCCAGCACGCCGAGGGCAUAGCUAAGGCCGAAAAGUUAAUCCGAUACUGUAGACGGAUAUCGAUGGCCUCGUUGUUCUCUUUAACGUUCUGCACCGGCGUAUGCUGCCCGCCGGUCUUCCUUGCCCUCGACCUCAACUCAAGGUUUAACCCACUGCAGUGCUUUCAUCAACGUGGAGUAGCACAGUGGGGCCAUUUCGUCGCCUCCCUCGUUUUUCUGACAGAAUGGCAUCGUCAGUAGGGCAAGACGGAGGCAGAAGGAUGUCGAGGCUAUUUUCGAUCGAAGAAGCUCAUCUGCCGUCGGAGGUUUUGGCCUUUUGUGGCGAUCUGUGCGCUAUGGAAGCACUCAACAUGCCAGCGAAGGUCUCACUUGUGACCCCGGCGUGAAAUGUCCACAGCCGACACGGACGUCAUCGGAUCCACCUCGACUCCUCAUCUCCGUUCAACGGGCGUGUGCUCGCACCCACCGCAUCGAGACACUCUCCCAGUUCUAUAAAGUCAAGGGUUUCAGAGCCUCAGACUUCCUCACUACCUUGUAGUACGAACCUCUACAACUCUCUUCUACACCCUUAUACAUCAACC